AACCUCAUGACACGUGACUAAAUCUUGUCAUCUUAUCUUAACCGAAUUGAACCGGAAUUUGAUUGGCAGAGUAAUCAAACCGGUAUUCCUAACGGCCGUCAAAAGAUAUGUGGAUGGGCGCAAGGUUACAAUCUAUUGACAACCGUUGAUCUAAACUGGGGUUUAGUUAUCAUCGACGGCUAUGAGUACUUUAAAGAGCUGAGGAAACACUCAUAACAGAAAACAAUCGCGCCAUUGGAGUCUUCUUCAUUUUUUGACAACUUCUUCUUCGACUCUGUUUCUCUCUCUCUCUCUCUCUUUAACUGAGAAAGUUCUCUCUUUCCCGAGAAAAUUUAAUUUUCUUUCUGCUCUCUGAGAAAAAAUCUUGUAACCGAAGAGCGAGAAUGAUGAAACGGAUUGAUACUUCUCUUCUGUACACGGCGUUCGUUGUGCUUCUUCUUCUUGGAGUAGUUCCUCGAUCUGAUGCAAGGUCACGCUCUAGUCGACCGCCAAGUUUCAUGCGAUUCGUGUCGAACGCAACUGAUUUUGCGUCGGAGGAUUACUACGACUAUAUAAUCGUCGGAGGAGGUACGGCGGGAUGUCCACUUGCCGCCACGCUUUCGCAAUCUUUCAGGGUUCUUCUGCUUGAACGUGGCGGCGUUCCGUACAACAGACCUCACGUGAUGUCGCACGAUGGUUUCUUGACCACACUCACUGACGUCAACAACUUUGACUCGCCGGCUCAGUCCUUCGUCUCUGAGGAAGGAGUUCCUAACGCCAGAGGCCGUGUUCUUGGAGGAAGCAGUGCGAUCAAUGCUGGGUUCUAUAGCCGUGCUGAUAAACAGUUCUUUGAGAAUUCGGGUCUUAAGUGGGAUCUGACUAGUGUGAAUCAGUCUUAUGAGUGGGUUGAGAGAGCUAUCGUGUUUAGACCUCAGCUUAGGACUUGGCAGACUGCGAUUAGGGAUGCGUUGCUUGAGGUUGGUGUACAUCCGUUUAAUGGAUUCACCUUGGAGCAUAAAGUUGGGACUAAGAUCGGAGGGUCUACGUUUGAUCGUGCUGGGAGGAGACACAGCUCUGCAGAUCUUCUCAGGUAUGCAAGAAGUUCCAACAUUAGAGUUGCAGUUUACGCAACUGUUGAGAGAGUACUGCUCGCUUCAUCUCCAAGUGUCUCGGGCGCCAACGUAUCUGCGAUUGGAGUGGUUUACCGUGAUCAGCUGGGACGUUACCAUCACGCGAUGAUACGAGACAGGGGAGAGGUGAUAUUGUCAGCUGGUGCACUCGGUAGCCCACAGUUGCUUUUUCUUAGUGGGAUUGGUCCAAGGAGUUAUCUUUCGACUUGGGGGAUCCCAGUGGCUCUUGACCAGCCUCAUGUGGGAGAUUUUGUGUAUGAUAACCCGAGGAACGGUAUCUCCAUUGUUCCUCCGGUUCCAAUGGAGAGCUCACUGAUUCAAGUGGUGGGUAUUACUGAGGAAGGGGCUUUUCUGGAGGCUGCUUCCAAUGUGAUUCCUUUUGCUUCGCCUUUACAUUCUGUGUUCAUCAGAGCGCCAGCUUCUCCUUUGUACGUCCCUGUGACAACUAUAAUGGAAAAGAUCCUAGGUCCAGUGUCUAUUGGUUUACUAAGGCUGGCCUCAACGGAUGUGAGGAUAAACCCAGUUGUUAGAUUCAACUACUUCAGUGAUCCACAAGAUCUAGAGAGAUGUGUCAAUGGGACUAGGAAGAUUGGAGAAAUACUCAGGAGCCGAGCUAUGCAGGACUUUAUGAUCAGGGAAUGGUUUGGGAACCGUAGAUUCAGGUUUGUUGGAGCUCCAUUGCCUGUGGACCAAUCAAAUGAUCUAGUGAUGGCAGAUUUCUGCAGACGGACUGUGAGCACAAUCUGGCACUACCAUGGAGGCGCUGUUGUGGGAAAAGUAGUGGACUCUGAUCUCAAAGUCAUUGGUAUUAAUUCUCUUAGGCUUGUGGAUGGAUCAACCUUCAAUAUCUCUCCAGGGACUAAUCCUCAGGCUACCUUGAUGAUGCUUGGAAGGUACAUGGGGCUGAAGAUGCUGAGAGAGAGAAUGAGAUAGAAAACUCCCCGAUAGGCUUCUGGAUUAGUUCACCUGUAGCUCUCUAUCACGUUACUACAGUGAGUUUGUUCAGUCUUUCAUUGGACUCCUCGCUUAAUUCAUGUAAUAGAGUAUAGUUCAUCUAUAUAGUCGAUCAAUCUAUAAAACAGAAUUGAGAUGUACUCAGACUAGCCAUUAUAGUAAAAAAUCCAGCCUUCCUAUGUCAGAGAGCAAAGGACAUGUUCAUAUUACAUAUACACAUACAGUAUGUGACAUACUAGAGGAAGUUUAAAUCUU